AUGACGUUUGAUGACCCGGGGGGUUGGGAAGCAGGUCUGGUGAAAGUGAAGCAGAAUCUAUCCACCCUGAGGACGGUUUUGUCCAAGAAGUGCAAGUCAUUUGCCCGGGCAGUUGUCACCACUGUUCCUCCCCUGCCUAAGCUGCUUGCACCGAAGGGAGGAGAUGAGGAUUAUCGCCACCUGUGGACCACCUUCAACGAUGAGCUGCUGCAGCUCAGCUCACCCAGGUUCUUUGUGCUUGAUGUGCAGGAGUUCUUUAUGAAGGAUGGGCUAUUGCAGGAGGAUCUGUUUGAGAGUUUCAUGGGCCAUGGUGCCAAGAGGCGCAAGGACAGAUUGCACAUUAAUCAUAAUGGGAUGAAUGCCAUCGAAGAAGCUCUGAGGACUGUUCCACCAUUUCAACGUACUGCCAAGAACAAUUUGUAAUUUGUAAUAUUUUGUAUCCUUUCCUGUUGGGAGGAGCACGUUAAGGUCCUACAGAUUUGUUAUUAUCAUCUUUUUGUAUCAAAAAAGAAAUGUUCCUGUUUUAAUUAUUAUGAACUUGCAAUUACUUUUUAUGUUUUCCUGUGAUUUUCACCUUGGAUCUGUUUAGCUACCCAGGGUUCAAUUUAUGAUUUUUUUAUUGUUAUUGAUUAUUCUGAACUUGCUUUUUUGCAUCUACUGUGAUUUUAAUCUUGCAUCUCGUUAUCUAUACAAAGCGUUGUCGACAUUUGGUAUUGCACACUUAAUUGAAACUUAUGAUACUCGCGUCUGUAUUUCUUGUUUUAUUUUUAUAUUGACUCAAGUUGCCAGUAUCUUUACUUCAACUUGUUAACAUUAAUUGUAACUAGCUUGUGAUUGUAUCUUAAUAUAUAAACUGUCUAGAAAUGUUGUUAUUUUGACUGAUUUGAUUUUUUGAAUAUACCUUUAUUUUAUCUGAUUGCAAUCUUAUGAUUUCCCUCUACCCAACCAAUGCACCCACAUGCACCCAUAAAAAUAAAAGGAGAUGUGAAACACAAAAUUAAUAAUGGUCUAAAGGUACACACUUGAUUCUUAAAUUAAAUUGUGUCACUCUUAUACUGGUAGGACCGUUCAGAAAGUGCGUCCGCCAUUCUUCACUGUAACGGAACUGCCACAUUCAGCCAUUGCGAGCCCCCGGCGCGCCUGAUGGGUAGGCAACACCUCGCCUGCCGCGCAUGCGUGUACCGCGGGCUGGCCCACCCAAAGUCUCCCAGGCGCUCAGCUCCCGUGAUGAACCGAAUGAAUCCGAGGGAAACGGACGUAUAUUUUC